UUGUUUACUUGUUCGCUUGUAGAGCUCGUCGUCUUAUUUCCAUUCUGACCGUCAACACAAAAACUAUAAUUAAAUCAUGAGCGCCGAAAUUUCGGGAUUUCGACGCUUUUUACACUGGGGUCCAAUAACCGCUCUGAGCAUCAUUAAAUGCGUAACUCUGACAACGCUCUACAUGAACUCGAUGUGGUGGCCACCAAAUGAAUCGUUUGCAGCGUUCGCCCAUCAGGCCCUGUUCCUGCUGCUCUCCACGCUGGCCACAUUCAAUUACAUCAUGGCCACGCUGACAGGUCCGGGUCUGCUGCCCAAACAAUGGCAGCCAAAGGACCCCAAGGACACGGAAUGGCUGCAGUACUGCAAGGAGUGUGAGGGCUACAAGGCGCCACGGUCGCAUCACUGUCGCAAAUGCAAUCGAUGCGUGAAGAAAAUGGAUCAUCACUGUCCAUGGAUCAAUCAUUGUGUUGGCUGGGCCAACCACGCCUACUUCACCUACUUUCUGCUCUUCUCCAUACUGGGCAGUCUGCACGGCUCGAUAGUGCUCAGCUGUUCGUUUUAUCGCGGCAUCCACCGCUAUUACUACCUGACCCACGGUCAGGCACACUUGGCCAGCGUACAGUUUACGGUGGCCAGCAUUGUCAUGUGCAUUCUGGGCAUGGGCCUGGCCAUUGGCGUUGUCAUUGGGCUGAGCAUGCUGCUCUACAUACAAUUAAAGACAAUUGUCACAAAUCAGACGGGCAUUGAGAUUUGGAUUGUGGAGAAGGCAAUCUAUCGACGGUACAAGUCCGAGAACUAUGAGCCCUUUGUCUAUCCAUACGAUUUGGGAUGGCGGCUUAAUCUGCGACAGGUGUUCAACGAGGAGUGCCAAAAGCGCGGCGACGGCAUCGAAUGGCCCGUCGUCCAAGGCUGCGAUCAAUACACGCUGACCCGCGAGCAACUGGCACAAAAGGAGGAGAAACGCGCGCGGACACGCGUCUACAAAUGCAUAAGCCCGGUGACCGGCCGCUGGCUGCCGAUCUUCUCACAAGGCUGGCGUGUCUGCGUCAAUGCGCCCUGCACAGAUGAGCCACGCAUACGCCUGCGGCCCGACGACAUCAUAAAGGUGACGCGCUUCCGACGACACUGGCUGUUUGGCGAGCGUGUGCUCAGCGAGCAGGAGCAAGCAGCCGGCUCGGAGAAGAAGUCACAGCGGAAGGGCCCCAUACGUGGCUGGUUCCCGCGUCGCAGUGUCGUUGCCCUCACCGAAGUACCAGACUCGGAGAGCAGCGAAGAUACAAAACCUGUCAAAUCAACUACUAGCAAUGGACACACUCAUGGCAAGCAACAGCAACGCAAUGGCCACACCAAGAAGUACAUGUAGUUCCCACAAGCAAUUUCAAUUGCAAAAUGCGGAUCGACUUGGGAAUAGCAAUAGAAAAUCAUUGGAAUGACUCGAAUUCGUCAUGUAACUUCAGGUCUACAUUGUUAGCUGUUUACAUUGUUAGCUUAAAGCCAAUAAAUUAAAGAUUAUAUAUAUU